UCGAUCGAGGCUCACGUUCCAUCCACUCCCCGAAAUUCUCGAUUGUUUCACGAGUCGCGAUUACCGAUACGUUACGUACGGGAGAUAUAAAAAGGGAGAGAGAGGGAAGAGAGAGAGAGAGAGAGACGAGCGAGAGAAAUAAAAGAGAAAGAGAAACACUGAAACACUGCGGAAUCAUCUUUGAUGGGGCGAUCGUGAAUCACAAGCAUCGUGACAGUGCGAUGACACCUGUGCUUUGCCGAGAAGAACUGAUCGACGGGACUGCAGCUGCGGGGGUGUUUUUCCGCGGUGCACCAUAGGAAUUUUAUGUAACGACCGGAAGACGUCGGUUUGCUGCCAUUGACUUCAUUCCCGACAAGCCAGACGAUGUUUAAACGUUUGUCAAAAUCGAGGCGUCACAGUGUCGACGAUGUUGCUCUAUCCACGUCGAAUUCUGUGGUCCUGGACGAGCCGUUGGGGACUUCAAUGUCACGGGACAACAGUCAGGAUCCGAGCAGCACCACCUUGCUGAGGAUCUCCAGAAGCAAGUAUGUCCGGAGGAGCUGUGGCGAUGUAACGAUGCAGUCGUUGCUCGGACCGAAACAAAACGACGAGCAAGAUGUCAUCGAAGCUGAUUACCAAACGGUUACCGCUAUGCCAGCCUUCAUCGUCGAGCAUGAUCCGGGAAAACAACGAGCGUCAGGUCUAGGAAUUUGGGGUCGUCGGAUGAGCAAAAAGAUCGAUUCGUUUCGGCAGGGCAGAUCUCGCGAGACCGUUUGCUUCGUCACGGAAAGACCCGAGAAAGUUGACCGCAGUGGCGCCAAUAAUAACAAUAAAAACACUAAUAUCAACAACAACGACAGCAACACCAAUAAUAAUAAUAACAACGACAUCAACGUCCAGCAAUUGAGCAAGCUGCAUCUGGACGAGAAAUUAAGUAGAAAAUUGCCGGGUGCUUGUCAGCGAUCUCCGUCGCCUUUCAAGUCGUUCUUCAUUCGAAUGGGUUCCACCGGGAUGCUCAAUUCGGCCAAAACCAACAGAAGAUCCCAAAAUAUCGAGGAAAGACUGAAGAUACUGGAUAAGGAGAGCUUGUUCAGGAGCUGUAGUACCAGCCAGCUGAACAACAGUCCGACCUACGUGAAGGGCGAUGAUCCCUCCGAAGGAAUAGACCUGCAGAUAUCAGCGCGAAAGGACAAGACAGUUUCCUGCGACAACCUGGCAUCCGGACACCGAGGCAACGAGCAAGAAAUCUUCGAGGCUCGCGCGAGACGCGAUUCCGCCGGCUCCAACUCCCUGGGAAGUCCUUCGGUGAGUUUCAGCACUUACGACCUCGGGCGAUCAGAGGACGACGAGCCGUCGUCGUGCAUGAGGAAGAGCAGCAGCUGCGACUUGAAGGAGGCGAGGAAGUCCAGCUUCCCGUACGCUUUCCUGCGAUCGAAGCUCUCCGUGUUGCCCGAGGAACGUCACGGAUCAUUAGUAGCCAAGGAUGAGAGGCUCUUCAAGACGGCCUCGGAGGAGCACUUCCCGACGCUGAAGAUCGAGGACCCCUACACCGGUACCACCACUCUCGGCCGAAGGAGAUCGAGAAUCGGAAACGGGACCGGCCAUGCUAAUCCCGCGAGGGAUCAGGAGAGCGCCUCGGGGCUGAGGCGCGCUUCCUACACGGACUUCCGGCGUAAUUCCAGCGGAUACGAGACCGACAGGUACGCCGGUCGGCUCGAACGAUUGGAGUCGAACGGCUUUCAGCAGAAGAACACCGCGGCAGGCUGUUACAGCCUGUUUGAUAACAGUCUGCUGUCGCUUCGAGAGAAUACCGAGUUCCAGAUCGCCGGCGAGUCCGUUCAGGAGAAGAUGAACUUCGCCUCAUCGAGGAUCGAGCCCGGGACGCCGGACAAUUACGGCGCGACCGAUCUCGACGUGAUGACCGCUAUCAGGAACAAUCGACGGAAUUCCGCAUCGUCCAGCUGCGAGCAGCGGCUGUCGUCGCACUACGUGAGCUCGAACGAGUCCGGCUACGACAGCGACGGGCCUCGCGGCGAAUUCGUCGCCGUCUCGGAGAACGAGGGCUCGAGUCUGAAGUGCAGUUCCGACACCAGCAGCGUCAUCGACUCGGAAGCGGAGAAACCCAUAAGGAGCUCGACGCCCAGCGAGUGUCAGGACGCUCGAGAUGUUCGGGACGUCGGCAAGACGAUCCGGCGGAGUUCCGACGCGAUCGACGACAAUCGAACGGACGCGGUGUCCUUGAUGAACAUCGACGGAAUCGACGGCCUCGGGUGGUACCGGAGCGGCUCCGGCAGAAUGUUGCCCAGCAUCCACGGGACCUUCGACGAGGACCUGACUGUCGCCGAGUUGGAGAACCCUCGGUUACCCGGUUGCGAUGAUAAGUUGCAUUUCCUGUCAGGCGCCUCGAAGAUACUGGACGUGUCGCCUCAUCGCAUGAGGCUACAGCAGGAUAAAACGAGGUUCCUAAGCGACAUCAUUCAGCCGUUGAAGAGGGUGCGUCGAUGUUGUGUGAUACAGUUACACAAGAGAGAGCCCAAGGAGAGCCUGGGGAUCCGACUGGCGCAGCAGAGACUGGGAGACCCGCGGUAUAUCAUCGUGCAAUUGGAAAGCGACGGCAUCGCUCACAGGGACGGCAGACUGAGGUUGGGAGAUGAGAUCGUCGAGGUCGAGGGUAAGGAGCUAAAGACGCUGGAGAGCCUUGAGGAGGUUCAGGAGUUUCUGAAAUCCUUCAGCGGUAAUACCAUACGUUUGACCACGGCUUACGAGGAGACGGUGCCGCAGAUGUACGAGGACAAUCCGCCGCUCACCUUAUCCAGUGAAUAUGAAUAUAUAGAAAACGCGAAAAAUCUCUCCAAUAUGUCGCUGAUCGACGUCGAAAUGAGUCACGCUUCGUCCAUUGAGAGGAAGCCCGCCGACAGCGGAGAGCGAGUCGAGUCCGUUCAGCUGAGAAAAAGGCCUAACUACCUGCCGCUCUCACGUUUAUCUCAAAAUCAAAAAGAUAGCAAUCCCGAGGAGGCCACAACGGAAUCGCAGCAUUACCUGACGAAACACGUGGCUAGGUUCGAAAAGGGUUACGGCAAGCCUAGUCUGGGCUUCAGUGUCGUAGGUGGCCGGGACAGCCCGAGAGGUGACAUGGGAAUCUUCGUCCGAAGAGUCUUUCCCGGUGGCCAGGCUGAUAUUUCUAGAUCGUUGUUCCAAGGUGACGAAAUCUUAAGUUUAAAUGGAAAAAUCUUGAAGGGACGCACGCAUCAGGAAGUCAUUGAAUUGUUUAAGACGGUGAGGGAAGGCAUCGUCGAGUUAGAAAUUAUGAGGAGACAUAGAUAUCCUAGAAGUACCUUGAAGAGUGCGCCGUACUAGAGAGUAUUAACGAGGAGGAAACUACCCACCGGAAGUGCUCCUUAGAUGUAGAUCUAAUUAUCGGUCACGGCAAACGGCGUUUUAGGAUUCUAGUCUGUCAGAAGAAAUCAGUGACUCUCGACAUGUAUUUCUUUUUUUCUUUCUCUCUCGUAAUUUAUUUCGCGCGGUAUCGCAACUGCCUAGUUAAUUAAGCUCGUAUUGGUUAUUAUUAUUGUAAUACAGAGAUAAUGGCGCACGCGAAAAAUAGCUUUGCCUCUUAUUAGGUGUUGCGUAAACAGCGCCCGUGUAUGUGCAGCAUUUCGUUGCUACUCUUUUAUUACUAAUGAAACACUUUAUCCGGGUCCGGGUUAUUUUCUCGCGUGCCACUCUGCAGUAUUUAUAAUUGGUAUUGUAACUCUUAUUAUUACCACGUAUCUUUAAAUUAAGAUUUCAUACGAAUAAUAUGUUACGAAGUGGAAUCCAUUGUA